UUUCAAAGAAGAAGGAAUGGCGGAAAGAGUAGCAGUCUAGAAAAAACCCCAUCUCUCUCUCUCUCUCUCUCUCUCUCUCUCUCUCUUCCAUUUUUCUCCUUGGCCUUUCUUGUUAUUUACCAUCAUCUCCUUUCUCUAUACUUUGAGGCGUUCGGACGGCUUGGAUUUUAGGUUUUCAUGUGCCGAUUCUUAGAUCGGAUCUUUGAUGGUGGCGAUUUGAGUUUGAUUUGAUUUGAGGAGUUCGUUUUUCCUAUUUUUUCUUGAGGAGAUGGCAUCGGAUGGGAUUUUCUCGAUUUCGAUGGCUUCCGUAGUGGAAGACGUUCUUCAGCAGCACGGAACGAGUCUUAGUGAUAUCGAUCUGGCGUCAAGGAAGGCUGAAGAAGCAGCAUCAAGAAGAUAUGAGGCGGCGGGAUGGCUGAGAAAGAUGAUCGGCGUCGUCGGAGCAAAAGACUUGCCAUCUGAGCCUUCGGAGGAAGAAUUUAGGCUCGGUUUGAGAAAUGGGAUAAUUCUGUGCAGUGUUAUCAACAAGGUUCACCCUGGUGCAGUGCCAAAGGUCGUGGAAGCACCAGUCGAUUCAGUGGUUCUACCUGAUGGGGCAGCUUUAUCAGCAUUUCAGUAUUUCGAGAAUGUGAGGAACUUCCUUGUUGCUGUGCAGGAGCUUGGGCUUCCAACGUUUGAGGCAUCUGAUCUUGAACAGAGAGGGAAAGGAGCACGGGUUGUAAAUUGCGUUCUGGCACUCAAGUCCUACAGUGAUUGGAAACAGACAGGUGGAAAUGGUUCGUGGAAAUAUGGUGGGACUUCAAAACCCACCACCUCAGUGAAAUGUUUUCUACGAAAAAAUGCAGAACCUUUUGUGAAUCCCUUGUCGAGAACCUCAUCAAUGAAUGAAAAGAACUUGAGUGGGGACCUUUCACAUGAAUCCUCUGAAAUGUCUCUGAAUAUGCUCGUUCGUGCGGCUCUAUCUGACAAGAAGCCUGAAGAAGUUCCAACUCUUGUGGAAUCCAUGUUAAGUAAAGUUAUGGAGGAAUUUGAACGUCGCCUUGCAAGCCAAAAUGAGCUGGUGAAAACAGCUCUAAAUGAUCUGGCUGCAUCUGGUGGCAACAAAUCCCCUCCCCAAACCAAGGAUUCCAGUGAAAUGAAGAUGGAGAUGAAAGACGUAAAUGCCACACGAGUAAGGAACAAGGGAUGCUUUCAUGUAAACUCAUUCAAUGAUGAGGAAUCAAAACGUAAGCUUUUGAAGCAACAAAUGCUCUUUGACCGACAACAAAGAGAUAUUCAGGAAUUGAAACAAACUCUUCAUAUUACAAAGGCGGGGAUGCAGUUUAUGCAAAUGAAAUACUCUGAGGAGUUCUGCAAUCUUGGUAGGCAUUUACAUGGCCUAGCUCAUGCUGCUUCUGGAUACCAUAAAGUUCUUGAAGAAAAUAGAAAGUUGUACAAUCAAGUGCAAGAUCUUAAAGGAAGUAUUAGGGUAUACUGCCGAGUGAGACCCUUCUUGCACGGGCAACAAAAUCGUAUGAGCACAGUGGAUCGUAUUGAUGAUGGAAACAUUACAAUAGCCACCCCUUCAAAACAUGGAAAAGAAGGGCGUAGAUCUUUCACCUUCAACAAAGUGUUUGGCCCCUUUGCAACCCAAGAUGAGGUCUUUUCAGAUACCCAGCCUCUGAUUCGAUCUGUUCUUGAUGGUUACAAUGUCUGUAUAUUUGCAUAUGGACAAACAGGCUCAGGGAAAACUUACACGAUGUCUGGACCAAAAGAUCUUACGGAGCAAAGCAAAGGUGUAAACUACCGGGCAUUGAGCGACUUAUUUCUGCUCUCGGAACAAAGAAGGGACACUUUUUGCUAUGAUGUUUCUGUUCAAAUGAUUGAGAUUUAUAAUGAGCAAGUUAGGGAUCUCCUAGUCACUGAUGGCCUAAGCAAAAGGUUAGAAAUUCGUAACAGUUCUCAGAAGGGACUCAAUGUACCGGAUGCAAACUUGGUACCCGUUGCAUCAACAUCUGAUGUCAUUGAACUGAUGAACAUUGGACAAAGGAAUCGUGUGGUUGGGGCAACAGCUUUGAAUGAUCGUAGCAGUCGCUCUCAUAGUUGUUUGACAGUUCACAUUCAAGGAAGAGACAUGACAUCUGGAACUGUUCUUCGUGGAUGCAUGCAUCUGGUUGACCUAGCGGGAAGUGAAAGGGUCGACAAAUCCGAGGUCACAGGAGAAAGACUGAAGGAGGCACAACACAUUAACAAAUCACUUUCAGCUCUAGGCGAUGUAAUUGCUGCUCUAGCCCAAAAAAAUUCACAUGUCCCUUAUAGGAAUAGUAAACUCACGCAGUUGCUCCAAGACUCCCUUGGUGGGCAAGCAAAGACCCUAAUGUUUGUCCACAUAAGCCCGGAAGCAGAUGCUGUCGGAGAAACGAUUAGUACACUCAAAUUUGCUGAGCGGGUUGCCACAGUUGAACUUGGUGCCGCACGGCUAAACAAAGAAAGCGGGGAUGUUAAAGAGCUCAAGGAACAGAUUGCUCAACUGAAAGCAGCACUAGCAAGGAAAGAAGGAGAAUCUGAGCUCAACACAAUAUUGACUCCUGAAGUACAUGGAAGGAAGGCUGGUGGGCCAUCACCUCUGCAUUCGAAUCGACAAGGUGGAGGAGAUAUGUCUGGCAGUUACAGUAGCCACAGGCAACCAAUGGAGGAUGUAGGAAACAUAGAGGUCCGGAGCAAUUCUACCAUGAGGCAAAAGAGACCGAGCUUCGAUCUCCAAGAGCUUUUAAUGGCUACCAACUCACCUCCGUGGCCCGACAGUAGUCCGAGAGUGUAUUCCCAAAAGGGUGAUGACAGAGAAAUGGGUUCUGGAGAAUGGGUUGAUAAGGUCAUGGUGAACAAGCAAGAAGUCAUUGGAGACAGCCCAUUAGGGCUCUGGGACAGAAACAAUGGUCCCUUGCCCGACUUGUUUUUCCAGAGCUGUCUCACUGAUAAUAUGAGAGUUUUUCCCGACCAACAGUAUAACAAGCAGGGAAGCAGAAAAGAGAGCCGUGAAUAUGAAAUGGCGAUGACCGAUGAUUCGGAUGAGCUCGAGAUAGGCACCAGUGAUUCUUCAGAAGCAGAUUUGUUUUGGCAGUACAAUCUUCCCAAAGUUAACAGUGUGACCAAUGGAGGUGGAUCGAGGAUCAAGAAGCCUCAACCAAGGCUUGCAAAUAGCCCCGAUCUAAGGAAUGCAAGUCAGCCAAAUGGGCCAUUGCAUUCCCGAAAACUGUCUAAUGGAGGUGGCCCGCCUCUCAACCGGGCCACGAGGCAGCCAUCCAGUGGCAUUGAUGGGAAACGGUUCUCAUCCGGUGGGAAAACUGGUAGUCUGAAGUAAACAAUUACGCAGGGAGGCUGAUGAACAGAGUGAUUUGGUUCUUUUGGGGUUUUCUUUUGAAUUUGGUGAGAGCUGAGGAAGUUGAGUUUUCACUACAGUCGUCCGAUGUGGCAAUAAUUCCAGUUGCUCAGAUUUGUAUGAUGGUGAUUUCAGUGGGUGGAGAUGUCCCACCAGGUUUGCUUUCAAUUUUCGACAAGCGUCUAGAUUCAAUCGGGUAUUCUUUAUUUUCUGUCAGUCUUUCUUAUAAAAUCAAAUAAAACAAAAAAGUAAAAGCCAAAAAAGAUAAAAAAGAAAGUGUUCUUCAGCUCGAUUGACUAGUUUGCAGCUGGAGCUUGGAUGUAUGUAAUCUUUUGUGAUGAAUGUUAAUAGAUUUCUCUUUCUAUA